AUGGAGAACGCCUCCAACCACAGCGAGGAGGCCUUGGGGCCCCAGGACCCUUUCAGUGGCUUGAAGGUGUUGGCAGGGUGCCUGCUGUCGCUGCUGGUGCUGAGCACCGUGGUAGGCAACAGCCUGGUGUGCCUGGCUGUCCUCCGGUUCCACCACCUGCGGGCCAGAGCCACCAACUGGUUUGUGCUCUCGCUGGCCUUGUCUGACCUUUGCGUGGGGUUGCUGGUCAUGCCCUGGAAAGCGGUCACUGAGGUGGCAGGCGGGGUGUGGCUCUUUGGCAGCCACUUCUGCGACACGUGGGUGGCCUUUGACAUCAUGUGCUCCACUGCCUCCAUCCUCCACCUCUGCAUCAUCAGCCUGGAUCGCUACUGGGCCAUUGCCAACCCCUUCUGCUACGAGCGGCGGAUGACUCAGUCCCUGGCCUUCGCGAUGAUUGCUCUGGCUUGGACCCUCUCUGUCCUCAUUUCUUUCAUCCCUGUCCACCUCCACUGGCACAGAGCUGAGGAGACCCCUGGCCUGCUUCCCCAUCACUGCGACACUCGUCUCAACCGUACUUAUGCCAUUACCUCCUCCUUGAUCAGCUUCUAUAUUCCCGUCUCCAUCAUGAUUGGGACAUACGCACAGAUAUUUCGCAUUGCUCAGGCUCAGAUCCGUCGCAUCUCCUCCUUGGAAAGAGCAGGUGGCCUGUGCUUGGUCAAGGGGAAGGAGCCGGUUUCUUCUUUGCGCAGCUCACUGUGCAAGGAAACCAAGUUGCUUCAGACACUGGCCAUCAUCUUAGGAGUUUUUGUCUGCUGCUGGCUGCCAUUCUUCCUGCUCAACUGCCUAUUGCCCUUUUGUGACUCAAGGCCCAAGGACAGAAGCCUUGAGCAGGUGACCUGCAUCAGCCAAUCCACCUUCAAUAUUUUCAUGUGGUUUGGCUGGGCCAACUCCACUAUCAACCCAGUGAUCUAUGCUUUCAAUGUAGACUUCCAGCGGGCAUUCAGGAACCUGUUAGGUGGCCACCACCUUCCUUGUUGGGUUCCCAACCAUUCUGCCACCAAGAGAGUCCAUCUGAGCAACGAGUUGGCCUCCUACCCUCACAAAAAAGCGGAAGAUUCCCCAGUGUCAUUACCCGCACACGCCAUUGUUGCUUGGAAUGAGCCAAUCCCCUCCAUAGGGAGCAUUCAAGGAAAUGAAGAGACUUAUGGCGGGCUCCUAUUAGAGAAAGAGGUGCUUCCAUCCUCUCAAAGCACUCACAGAAGCAGUUCCAGAAUUCUUAACAUGCCAGUUUUGCUUCCCUUUCAGUGUGAGACUGAGAUAAUUUUGGAAACCGUUAAUCCCCCCGAUGGAACUUAG